CCCUCUCUCUCUCUCAUCCGAUCUCCCCUGUGAAUGCACCUCUCUCUCUCAUCUGAUCUCCCCCUGUGAAUCCACCUCUCUCUCUCUAUCUCUCUCUCUCUCUUCUGUUCUUCUGCAAACUGCAAAGAACCAACGAUUCAACGAUUCUGUUUCUCGGAAUAUAAGAAAUCUCAGUUGAGAGAUGGCUGCUGAAUCGCCUGCUACUCCGCGCAAAGUGGUUGUGCAUCUCAGGGCGACUGGUGAUGCCCCCAUUCUUAAGCAAGCCAAGUUCAAGAUAGGAGGGACUGAGAAGUUUGCGAAAGUCAUUGAUUUUCUUCGGAGACAACUUCAUCGGGAGACACUUUUCGUUUAUGUCAACAGUGCUUUCUCACCCAAUCCGGAUGAAUUGGUGAUCGAUCUGUAUGAUAAUUUCGGAUUUGAUGGGAAAUUGGUGGUUAAUUACGCUUGCUCCAUGGCAUGGGGUUAGUAGGCAAUUGCAAUUGAGGUUAUGGAAUCACUAUCUCGUUAUAACUUUUCUUGUAUAUAUGUCAUAUUCUUCUAGUGUAGCUAAUUUGGGUUUCUCUUGAGUGUCAUCUGUUGAUAGGAGCCAUAUUCAAUAGAAAAUAUUACCGAUGCUUGUGAUUCUUUUCCUUCUGGUAAGCCUGAAGUUCUGAUGGUCUUGUUUUU